AUGGGAGUGAAGGUUGAUGGUCGGCAGCUACACCAUUUGCGCUUUGCUGAUGACAUCGUACUGGUAACACCUAGCAUCAGCCAAGCGGAACGAAUGCUGACCGAAUUCGACGAAACAUGUGGAUGCAUCGGUCUUCAGCUGAAUCUACAAAAGACGAUGUUCAUGCGGAACGGAUGGGUCUCGGAUGCCCCAUUCACGCUCAACGGAACGAACAUAUCUGAAUGCACCAGCUACGUUUAUCUGGGUCGGGAACUGAACAUGAUGAACGACCUGACCCCCGAGCUGGGCAGGAGGAGACGAGCGGCUUGGGAAGCGUACAAGAGCAUCGAGGAUGUAGUGAAGAAGACCAGGAACACCCGGCUCCGUGCUCACCUCUUCAACACCACCGUACUUCCUGCUUUGACCUAUGCUUCGGAAACCUGGGCAUUUCGCAAGCAGGAAGAAAACGCAGUGAGCGUCAUUGAACGCGCAAUUGAGAGAGUGAUGCUAGGAGUAUCCCGUUUCACGCAAGUGAGGGACGGGAUUCGAAGUUCUCUCCUACGUCAGCGAUCGAAGAUUAGAGACGCCGCCGCGUUUGCCAAAGAAAGUAAAAUAAGGUGGGCCGGACACGUGAUGCGCUUUAAUGACAAUCGUUGGACCAGAGCCGUGAGCGACUGGGUUCCCCGCGAUAUUAAGCGCACUACAGGAAGACCGCCGACCCGAUGGUCAGAUUUCUUCACGAAGUCCUUGAAAGAAAAAUAUGAUGCUCUUCGUGUCCCACGCGAAAGGAGGAACCACUGGGCUACUCUGGCACGCGAUCGGGACAAAUGGAAGAAUUACUGGCGCCCGCUCGACCAGUUCGAAGAUCAACGGGAGUCAAGGUGA